CGUGCCUUUGUGCGUUCUAUACAGUAAUAAAAAUGGACGAUUACCCAAAAAUUAAAAAUACAAAAGCCCCGGACGUGGCCGUCAGCGCUGUAUUAGUACCGAGCCAAGAUUUACCCGCCGAAACACCCACAGUCUCCGGAUAUGAUUGGGAAAACGGUACUGAUUACAACAAAAUCUUGGAUAGUUAUACAUGCUCUGGUUUCCAGGCCACCAGCUUCGGGAAGGCAGUACAAGAGAUAAACAAAAUGCUCAAAUGUAGAUCUGUAACUCUGACUGAAGAAACCAGCGACCCGUAUGAAGAGGAUGCCUUUAUUAAGAAAAAAACUAAUUGUACAUUAUUUUUGGGAUACACUUCUAACAUGAUAUCGUCUGGUCUGCGCGAAACGAUUACAUUUUUAGUGAAAAACAAGCUCGUUGAUUGUAUAGUUACCACAGCUGGGGGUGUGGAAGAGGAUCUCAUAAAAUGUCUCGCACCUACAUAUGUAGGCGACUUUAAUUUAAGUGGCAAAAUGCUGAGAACUCGCGGCAUUAAUAGAAUCGGUAAUUUAUUGGUACCGAACGAUAAUUACUGCCGUUUCGAGGAGUGGGUUACUCCUAUACUUGAAGAAAUGCUCGACGAGCAGAUCAACGAAGGUACUGUUUGGACCCCAUCGAGAAUUAUAGCACGAUUAGGAGAGAGAAUAAAUAAUGAGAGUUCCGUCUGUUACUGGGCAUGGAGAAAUAGUAUUCCGAUAUUCAGUCCGGCCUUAACUGAUGGUUCGCUUGGUGAUAUGAUGUAUUUUCACUCCUACAAACGUCCAGGACUCGUUAUAGACAUAUUGGGUGAUUUACGCAGAUUAAACACUAUGGCUGUUAAAGCUAACAACACAGGAAUGAUCAUAUUGGGUGGUGGUGUUAUUAAACAUCAUAUAUGUAAUGCAAAUUUAAUGAGAAAUGGCGCUGAUUUUUCUGUAUAUGUUAAUACUGCUAAUGAAUUUGAUGGAAGCGAUUCUGGAGCGCGCCCAGAUGAGGCAGUCUCAUGGGGCAAGAUUAGAACAAAUGCAACACCAGUAAAAUUGUAUGCCGAUGCCACUCUAGUAUUCCCUUUGCUUGUGGCUCAAACAUUUGCUAAAUACCACUUCAGUAGUAAAAAAAAUGUAUAAUUCUCUGUUAUUUAUUAAUUAUUUUAU